AUGUCUAAAAAGUCAGACUGUACCACGGACAGCCAUUGUAAAUGCGGAGGGGGAGAGACUGCACAAUGUAUCAUAGACUACAAACAUCACCCUAGUCAUUAUUGUCAGUGUCAGGCAUCAAGUACCACCACUACUACUAAGAGAACUACUACUACAACUACUACUACUACCACAACCACUUUACCAUUGGUGAAACUGGAAUGCAGUGGCCACAAGAUCAAAGUAAUCGAGUCUAUCGCUGAAAAUCUACAUGUUGAGGACAGCAGAGCAGCGCUGUGUCUCGGAAGCAACAAACACCAGUCGUCCGAGGCCUUUGUCAUUCACACAUGUAACUCCACAGAUAGAAGUAAAUGGGCUAAAGGUUCCCCUGUAAACGUUGAUUGCAAAAACCACCAGAUAGCUCCAUACACACCUAUUUCAACAUUUCUGACUAGUGGAGACAACGUCGCUGGCUUUCUCAUUGAAUGCAAUGAAUAUGGCUUUAAGAUGGCUUCCCAGACUUGCUCAGAUACACCGAAGGUAACAAUCGUGACGACUUCAUCUACUCCAUCACCAUCCGAUUUUUACACUAUUUUAUUACCAAUACAAGCAUGA